AGGAGCCGGGAGUAGGGGAAUAGUACAUAGUCGUACGUCGUGCUUUCUUAGCAAUCAGUUUCCACUAGGCUGGCGACGCGUUCGUACGUCUACGUCACAGUGUCACCUUAUUAUUACAUAAAUAAGUCGUAUCUGUGAAGAUGUAUUCGAGAUAAAACUGCCACGGAGUGAAGUGUUGUGUGUUUUUUUGCAAAUCUUGUGCGAUGAUGCUCACGUGGGGCCUCUUUUGCGUGCUGGUCACGCUCGCCACCGCCAGGAACAAGGCGCCGCUCUUGGACGACGGCACCAGGACCAGGAACAAGGCUGCAGAGUGCGUGUUCGGGAAGCAGGUCCGCGAGCUGGGCUCGCAGUGGAUCCCCGACCUCGGAGUGCCCAUCGGCGUCCUCUACUGCAUGAAAUGCGAGUGCGUUCCGCUCCAGAAGAAACGGCGGAUCGUGGCGCGGGUCCAGUGCCGGAGCAUCAAGAACGAGUGCCCGGAGCCCACCUGCGACGAGCCGGUGCACCGGCCGGGCCGCUGCUGCAAGACGUGUCCUGGGGAUCUGUACGAUUCUGACAUCAUCCAAGACAUUGUCCCCCAAAAUGUGCUCGACGAAGAGGAGAAAAGCAGCACCAAACAUUACGCUGCUCUGCUCACCGAAAGGUCCUCCCUAGUCCUGCGGAACGACUUCAGACUCAUGUCCAACAACCUAAACAAGAACAAUGUAGUGGCGACUGGAAGGUUCACCUUCCACAAGAAAAAUCUCUACUACUCGUUCUAUAUUUCCGACAAAGCGGCGAGACCUCGCUCCCUUCAGUUCGUCGACAGCGAGGGGAAUAUCCUCGAGGAGUUUGUUUUGUCAAGGGCCGGGGGUUUGGUCAACAGUUUGUACCAAAACGCGACCCGGAAAGUGUGCGGUGUCUGGAAGCGCAUUCCUCACGACUACCGCAAACGCUUCCGAAUGGAAAAAAUCUACGUGGCACUCGUUUGGGGUGUCAAAGAUCAAGCCGAGUUCACUCUCAGUGGCCAAGUGAUGAAAUACGCCGCUCUGGCUACUGAAAAUUUCAGUUCGUUGCUAGAACCGGCUGUUGGGACUAUGACCGGAGCCGGCGGUACCGCUAUAGUGUCGAUUUCGACGUCAGUCUCAACCUCCAUCUACCUAGCAAUUGUUUUUAAUGGACUUUUCACAGAAGAAGACGUUGCGGACGUCCCGAUCAACGUCACCCUGUCACUUGACGAAAAGAAAUACAUCCUCCAGGAGGUGGUCCGUGUGAAAAAGCCCCACUAUGAGUUAAACAUGGUCGAGGUUCGUUCCCCGGUGACUCCUGCUGAUCUCCGUCUACUGACGCGCGGUCGCCUCGUUCUGACCGUCUCUUCUGUCUCUAAACCGGAGGCUCUUCGUCUCAGCGGCAGCGUUGUGACGAAAGUAACGUGCGAACUGUUCCAAGCCACACUUUCAAGUUCUUCCGACACCAAUCGGUUCGGAACUUCUGGUCUUGCUUGGCUAUAUUUGAACAAUGAAGGCUCUCUGGUCUACAACGUCCAAAUCGAAAAUCUCAAAACCACACCCGAUAACACCACUUUUAUCACACUGGUGGACGUUAGCACCAAACGCCGCACCGAGCUUGAAGACCUCACGCCAACUUUUGACUUCACCAACGGUUGGGCCAAUGGCACUUUGGCCAAACUUAGCCCCAAAGUGCUGGAGCCUCUCUACUCGGGAAAUUUGGCCGUCAAUGUUGCCACCCCUAACGAUACUAGUCUCGUCCGCGGGCGUCUGGUGGCCAAACCCGUGGCCGACGCUCGCGACGCCCCAGCGCCGUUCUUGCUGAAACGGGAGAAUUACACACUUCCGGCGUCCGCCGUUGGCAUCGCCUGGCUCUACGUCGACAAUGACUGUUGUAUCCACUAUGAUGUGUCCCUUUCCGGUCUCGGGUCCGACAGGAGGUUGGAACUCUUCUUGGAGUUGCUCCCGAUGCUGGCACCGGGGGCCCCCGUAAUGACGCGUUACUUGGGCGAUUUUGAAGGGAACCAAGUCGAAGGAAGUCCGGUCACUUCCCUCAAUCGGGAAGAGAUCAAACGGUUGGAUAACGGAGUUGGGUUCCUCAAGGUCAAGGAGAACGAGAUCACUCUUCUCGUGGCGACGGUGCGGCAUGUCAUGGCACCCUCGACUUGCCAGCCGCAGAACCCCGACAACGACGUCCACAGUAUCGUUGAUGACUCCGAUGUUGGUCCCAGUGGGGAUUGCUUCUACGAGAACAAGUUCUACCAGCAGGAAGCCCAGUGGACUUCCAGUGAUAACCCGUGCACUACGUGCUUUUGCGAGAACGGGAAUAACAAAUGCUUCACCAUGGAAUGUCCGGAAGUCACGUGUCCUGAUAAUAUGAAGCUUGAGAAGGUCCCAGGGGAGUGUUGUGCGAUUUGUGUCAAUGCCACUAGUUUAGUGGAAAGCAAUCGAAAUGUGCCUCAAAAGUGUAUUUUCAACGGUCAAGCUUACUCCCCGGGGAGUAGGUUCCAUCCGUUCCUUAUUCCCACUGGGUUUGACUCGUGUACGGUGUGCACGUGCGACGCCAAGUACCUCGAGAUCAAAUGCAAGAGGAUUUACAACGAGAACCAGUGUUGCAAGAAUUGUGCCCGCGUUGACUACAGCAUGAACGGCACUUACUCCGCCGAUGACGAAGUCCCGAUGCUUCUUCAUGGAGUUGUGCCUCGGAAGGAGAUCCCGGCCAAGAGCGCCGAGCAGAUCCUGGCCGAGGGAGGCUGUCCGAAUCUGUACGACGCGAGGAAGCCCUACGUCAACGGCAGCGAGUACCACCCCUCCAUCGUCUCCCUUGGGGAGUACAAGUGUGUUACUUGUAAAUGUGAGAAUGGUAAACCGACGUGUUGGAGGGAGUGCGACAAGGCCACUUGCGAGAAGCUGUUCCGUAUGAAGAAGAAGCAGCGCACUGAGGCCGGCGUCAGGUGGAACAACAGCCAGUGUUGUACGCUGCGUAUGUGCCGGAAGUACCGGCACAAGAAGGGCCACCGGCUGCAGAAGAGUUGAAUCGGUGGCCGAGGUUACGUCACUAGUUAGACUAGACUGACCGUUGUACAUGCAUUGGAACUUUAAGGACUUCAAGUCCAGUUACCGUUUACCAAAGAAGACUGAGACAGUAGGAUGGAUGGAGCUGUCGUAUUUAUUCGAGUUAGCGUACGUCAGUUUUUAGAUUAGGUUUUGAACAUGGCGCAGUCAACUAAUUCGGGUUCUUUGACAGAUUAUUUAUUUAUUUUUUUAUAUGUAGUUUUCGGCGGGAUAUUACUUAAUUACUUGACUGGGUCGCAUCAUUACUAUUUAUUUGACAUUGUAUAAGUUAUUCCAUAGUUGUAUCAGGGGUUCCUGACUGGAACCUAAUACUCACUAGAGACGAAGGCUGAUAGGGACGCAGGAUUUGGACAGGAACCGACCUCUAUGUAUAAUAUUUAUACUCGAUAUUCUUCAAGUUUUAGUUUUUGGGUUCUUGUGCAUAUUCCUUCUUGUAAAUUGUAUCAAUAUCCUCGUAGGACAUAUCAUUUGGUGCCAUCCCCCAAAAUUCUUUAGGUACUUAAACCACACUCGUUACGAGCAUUUAAAUGUAAUCGGAAUCUCCCUUGCAAUAAUACAGUAUUUUGCUAAAUUAUUUUUAGGUUACGUAACAGUUUUGUGUGAAUGUGAUUUACGGACGUGUUAAGUUAUAUAUCAGUUAAAUAAAUUUAUUGUACAUAGUUUUUUUGCUGUAUGAUUAUAUAAAAACCAUACGCUUUGUAUAUUAGUUUCUUUUUCUAGUUAAGACGUAAUAAUACUUUUAUUAUUAUCCAACUAACUUUUGUAUCCAUAAGAUUGUAAUAUAGUGAUAAAGAGGGCCUCAAGAUUGCAUUUGGUAAUUUUUAUUUCUUGUGUUGACAUUAAAUAGGACAUGGACGUGGUAAUAAUGCAACAUGUAACAAUCCAAGCUAUACAUAUAAGUGUACCUGCUAGCUAGAAAUAAACGCUUCACAAACA